CUCCACUGUAUCUCUCUCUCUCUCUCUAUAUUCACCUUUCACUUUCUUCUUCUUCUUCUCUUUCUGGGUUAUACAAUGUUGUUUCUGUAGAGAGAGAGAGAGAGAGAAGCCAGAUUGUAAGAAUAUGAAUAGUUUUUUGGUUGUUUUUGUUUUGAUUGUUGGAUUAGUGCCGUUUGGGUGUUUUGGGAUUAGGAGUUUUCCGGAGAUUAAUGAUGGGUUUGGAUUUUCUGAGGCGCCGGAGUAUCGGAACGGCGUGGACUGUCAAGGGACCGGAACGGCGUCGUCUUGUGACCCUGCUCUAGUCCACGUGGCCAUGACUCUUGACUCGGAGUAUCUCCGGGGGUCGAUUGCGGCGGUGCACUCCGUUCUCCGCCACGCGUCUUGCCCGGAGACUAUCUUUUUCCAUUUCAUUGCGGCGGAGUUCGACCCGGCUAGCCCUCGGGUCCUGACCCGGAUUGUUAGAUCCGUUUUCCCUUCCCUCAACUUUAAAGUGUACAUUUUCCGGGAAGAUUCCGUCGUGAAUCUUAUAUCCUCGUCGAUCCGGGAGGCUCUGGAGAAUCCGUUGAAUUACGCCCGGAACUACCUCGGCGACAUAAUCGACCCGUGCGUCAACCGCGUCAUCUACCUCGACUCCGACGUCGUACUCGUCGACGACAUUCUCAAGCUCUGGAAAACCCGGAUCCGAGAUUCCCGGGUUAUCGGAGCCCCGGAAUAUUGCCACGCGAAUUUCACCAAAUACUUCACGGAUUCUUUCUGGGCCGACCCGGGUCUCUCCCGGGUUUUCCGUUCAAAUUCCCCCUGCUACUUCAACACCGGCGUGAUGGUGAUAGAUCUCCGGCAAUGGCGGGCCGGGAAUUACCGGGCCAAAAUCGAGAAGUGGAUGGAGAUUCAACGGAAGAGGAGAAUAUACGAGCUGGGAUCUUUGCCGCCGUUCCUUUUAGUGUUCGCCGGAAACCUAGAGCCGAUUGAUCACCGGUGGAACCAACACGGGCUCGGCGGCGACAACGUGAAGGGGUCUUGCCGGUCGCUCCAUCCCGGUCCGGUCAGCCUUUUGCAUUGGAGUGGGAAGGGGAAGCCGUGGGCCCGGCUUGACGACAAGAAACCGUGUCCGUUGGAUUAUCUCUGGCAGCCGUACGAUCUGUACAAGCCUCGCCGGCAAGGGAAAGUGAAGCUAAAUCAUCAUCAUCUUGCAUUGAGUGGUAGUACCAAUACCUUAGGGUACUCCACUUUCUUCAUUUGAUUUUUUUUUUUUUUUAACUUACAAUAUUUACAUUUAAGUGAUUCUUUGAUAGGCUGGUAUAGAUUCAUUGAUUGACAAAAUUAGUUGAUUGAAUUUGUUGUUGUUUAGGAUCAAAUUGCAAUUUCAUCGUACUUUGGGAAAUUUUUGGGGUUUAAUUUUGAUGUUCCUUUCAUAAUGUAUGAAUAUUGUACAAGAGCAAUAACUUUGAACUUCUUAAAUUUGACGCUGAUUGUUGUCAAGUCAACUGAUUAACUUGGUUGUAAA